AUGGCUCAAUCAGCGUUAUCGACAACUGGAACUUUCUCUCAGGGCCGUGAUAAUGUUGAGCCGACACUUGCCGCGCGGCUGAGCGCUAGCCGGCGUCGUGAUAAACCACAACUUUCCUGUGGUCUUUGUCGACGACGCAAAACCCGAUGCGACCGGCAACAGCCUUGUGCAACUUGUUCAUUGCGAGGACAUCCAUGUGUCUACCUGGCUAAUCAAACCUCCGGAGUGAUUUCAAGGCAAACAGCUGGCGACACUGCGUCACUUCAGGAUCGCAUAACUGAUCUUGAACGUCUUGUGCUGACAUUGAGUUCAUUACCGAUGAAACCAAAGAUCAAUACUGUAGGGGUCACAAGCAUUCCUUCACCGACCAACAAUGGAGAUACUGUAUUCGAUGAUCGAUUGGAAACUGGGAGCAUGCGUGUUAGUGCUUCAAAGCACCAGUACGUUGGAAGUGAUCACUGGGCUGCCAUUCUGGACAGUAUAGCCGAUCUGAAGAACCACUUUGACCGAGAAGAACACCUGAUGCUUGCUGAAAGCCCAAUCCAGUCACUGGACGGUGAUAGUAAUGAGGAUGGAGUAUUCGGGCCGCAGCACCCGAGUCAGCGUGCCCUGCUUUUGUAUGGAUGUCGACCGGCAUCCUCGAUGGCAGAAAUUUUGUCCGGCCUCCCACCGAAAUCCGCAGUCGAUCGGUAUGUUGAACGAUACUUUAGCCGUCUCGAUCUUGUUGCUUCAUCAUCUGUUCAUGGACCAUCUUUUAUUGAGGAGUACGAUAAAUUCUGGACGGACCCCGAAAGCGUACCCAUCAUGUGGGUUGGUCUUCUGUACAGCAUGCUGUGCCUUGCCAUCGUUGCAUCAGAUCCUGCCAGUCACAGAUCUGAGCAGAAGCAACAACAGCUCCAGAUCGACCUGUAUCGGGAAAAGUUAGUUCAAUGUCUUAUGAUGGGCGAGUACACUCAAGGUGGUCAACAUGCGCUUGAAACCUUCACAAACUAUGUGUACAUUGAGUUCCGCAUCCGCGAUGACGCCGAGAAAGAUGUCUGGUUCCUUCUUGGCUUGGAGGUGAACCUGGCAAAGCGUAUGGGUUACCACAGAGACCCUAAGCAUUUCAAUGACAUCAAUCCACUUCAAGGAGAGAUGAGGCGCAGGGUUUGGGCUACGAUUCUGCUAGGAGAUAUUUUGAUCUCUGGUCAGAUGGGCAUGCCUCGAAUGAUUCGUGAUCACGAGUUCGACACGGCAGAGCCAAGAAACCUGAAUGAUGAAGAUCUCAACAGAUCCAUGGUGGUAAUACCCAAGUCACGGCCGGAGACAGAACACACAACGGCUUUAGGAAUUAUUGCGCGGAGAAGGAUUCUGAUCGCACUUGGAACAAUUUCCGACUUGACCGCCUCGUUGGUUCCAUGCAGCUAUGCUGAAAUCAUGCGAGUCGAUGCCAUUUUACACAAAGCCAGGAUGAGUAUUCCUCCGGCACUGCAAAUGAAGUCAAUGGCAGCUAGUGUCACCGAUUCGCCUCAGACCAUUAUGGCACGAAUCUUCUUAAGCCACAUGUUCUAUAAAGGGCAAAUCAUGCUUCACAGACGAUUUUUGUUUGCCGAGACAGCGUCCCAACCCCGAGAUACAUUCUCGUACUCACGGAACACAUGUCUUGAGGCUUCUCUGGCAAUGCUACAUAUACAAAAGGUUCUCGAUGAGGAAACCUGCCCUGGUGGUCUGCUCCGAAUGAUGCACUGGAGAGUUGGUUCCAUUAUGAACCACCAAUUCUUAACAGCGACCAUGAUUCUUUGCUCCUUAGUACAUCGGAAACACAUUCUUAACCGCGCAGGCGAAAUCAUAUCUGCGCUACGCACGGCACGGAGCAUCUGGAUGAGGAGGGGAGAUGGGUCGCGGGAAGCCAAGAAGGCAACCCAGGCAGUCAGUAUUGUUCUUGCACAAGCUGGCGGGCCUCGGUUCGAUACAAAUCUUUUUGUCGAGAGAGAUAAUUUUGUUGCAGUGUCCAACAACGGAACAGAUAAUGGGCAUUUGACCAGCAGUAACAAGGUACAUGAAGAAAUCGGCUUUGACGAAAUGGAGACCAUCUUCUUUGUUGAGACGUUUGGUCUAGAUCAUGGUAAGAGAAUUGAUGAUAUAAUAAAGUAA